AGUGCACCGGUAGCUCAAGCAUAUAAGGCAGAGCACGUCUUGUGUAGAAUUAAACUGCAAGGUUUUCCUGGAAGAUUGCCGAAGCUAAAGCUAUCCCCAAGAAACGUUUAAGCAUGUUUAAACUUGGUCUUGUUCUGUUGGUGGCGUGCGUCAUUUGCACUCAAGCCAAACCAGCAUCGAAAACGGCAUCAACUUUGUGCAGAGCUCCUAAUGGAAUUACAAGYCCAUGCUAUCAGCUGAUAAGAAAAACAGCUAAGUACGAAGAGAGAAAGUAUGUAAGCUCUCUGUGGGCCAGCACUAGCGAACAAGUCGCUGUAGGCACGAAGAUUUCAGGAAAAAUAUCCCGAUCAUGCUACAUGCGCCUUCGUGGYUACCUUUCGUCGCAUAAUGUCACUAUGGGCGUACCCGUACUCUACACAAUCAAAGCCAUCCCAGGAGGAAAAGUGGACUUUACCAUGUCCUUCUUCCUACCAAAUAACGGCCCUAAUUUCCAGCCCCCAGCACCCCACGAUAAACGAGUGCGCCUGGAAAACAAACCUUCCAUGAACGUCUAYGUUAAAGUCGAAAAGAACCUGAAUUACGAACACAGAUUUAGCAAAACAUACGCKCAACUUCUAAGUGGCUACUUGAAAGCUGAUGGUCUGGCUGGAAAGUACACGACGCCUGACAUCAUGUUUAUGGCCGCUGGAUAUGAUGCACCGUGGACAGCUAAGAGGACCAAUGAGUUCUGGCUUUUGAAGGCUUAGUCUUGGUUAAGCAGCGCUUCAUUUUAAAACUUCAGUCACAACUUAAAGGCUUGAAAACGAAAGCAUAUUAAAUAGUGUAGAUUUG